AUGGACCAAAUGGAGAAAGGAACCCUGGGCCAGCCGCUGCCGAUGGCCACGACCCAGCCUGAGAGGAAACCGACAUCAGUGAUGUCUUUCCUUUCCAAGGUCUCUUGGAAACUGAAGUUCCAGAGGCGGGAGUCUCUGAAGAAUGCAUUUUCCAUCUUGGCAGAAAGAGCCCAGGACCCCAACGAUAAAAAGCGUCACAUGGCAAUGAGAGGCCUGGGCACCAUGGCCUGUGAGACCCCUGACAAGGUGCGAAAGUAUAAGAAAGUUGUCCUAGACCUGCUGGUGCACGGACUCUACGACCCUGUGAGUACUGAAGUCAUCCACGAGAGCAUGAAGACUCUGACCAUCAUCUUGGGCAAGAUCCAGGGGAAAAGUUUGGGCUCUUUCUUUGUAGACAUCACUCUUCAGACCAGGACUUUAUUAGAUGACGAGAAUGACCACCUGAGAUACUCAGCCUUCAUCUUGUUCGGGCAACUGGCGGCCUUUGCUGGGCGGAAAUGGAAGAAAUUCUUCACCAGUCAGGUUAAGCAGACUCAAGAUUCCCUCCUGAUACAUCUACAGGACAGAGAUCCCCAGGUUGCCACGGCUUGCAAAACAACAUUUCGAGCCUGUUCUCCAUAUCUGAAAGAAAGAAAGGAAAACAGCUUCCAGAGUGAGGAAGAGCAACGGAACCUUAAACUCUGCCGGCAGCUGAGCCACUAUCAUCCAGAGCUCCUGCAGUUCCUCUAUGCAAAUAAGAUUCUGUAA